GUGAUUUUGGGGCUGGCUGCAGUUUGCAGGAAGUGUAGAGCAGGGAACUGCUGGCAGCACAGGAGCUGAGGAGACAGGAAGAUGCCGGACGUCUGAUCUUCACCCAUAGAACCCAUCAUAUAGGAGAAAUGAAGCCAAACACGAACCAAUCGCAUGAAGCCACUGAACCUGUAUAGAUGUGAAUGGGAGACGUCAUAGUGAUAUGUGCAGGUGUGUGAUGUCCCUUACAAGACGAGGUCGUCGGUGUGAUGUCAUCACUGGAUCAUGUUCAAAUCCUUCUGGGCUCCAGAUCUUACAGCGUGCCUCGGGACCAGCUGGUAGCCCAGAGUGGCUUCUUCCAGGCUCUCUUCCGUUCUGGGAUGCGUGAGAGCAGCGGAGAAGUGGUGACUUUGCAUGGGCUUAGCCAGGAGGGUUUAGAGGGUGUCCUCCGCCACAUCACGGGCAGCCCACUUCAAGACUGUAUCCCAUCUGAGGACACCAAAUGUGGAUUUAAGAUGUUGAACCCAAGUCAAGAUGAUUCAGAAUAUGGGCAUGAAGCCAUAGUUCAGGCCCCUCUACAGUCAUUGGUGGAGGCCGCUUGCUAUUUACAAGUCCAUGGUCUCCUGUCCCUCCUGCAGUCAUUACUGUCACUGGAUACAUGCUUGGACCUCCUGAACGUUUCCCAGUUACAUGGUCAGUGGGAUUUAGCAGACUCCUCCCUUCGGUAUAUGGCAACUCAUUACCACUCUAUGUUACAAAGGCCGGACUUCCAAGACAGCCCUGAAUCUCUUAAGAAACAAGUCUUAGAGGAGAGGCUGAGAGGAGCCCCCUCUCUACUGGUGCUGUCUCAGCAAGGCAGUGACUCUUGGGUUCUUUUCCGUUAUUUAGAUGAAGGAGGAGGUUGGCAGGUGAUGCCUGGGACCAUCACUCCGAGUAUGCUGAGGGUGCAGGGAUAUGGUGCUGCAGUCCUAAAUAAUUACCUCUUUGUAGCUGGAGGGACCCGGGAGAAUGGGCAGGAGGUCAGCGCCAUGCACUCCUAUAAUCCAAGCACCGGAUGCUGGAGUGAAGAGCCAGCUAUGAACCAGAAGAGGUAUAAUUUCCGUUUGCUGGCUGUGAAUGGGGCUCUGUAUGCAAUCGGCGGCCAUUCCUUACAGACCAUGGAGUUUUUCAACCCAGCGCAGAACACGUGGACGCUCGCUGCCCCACUCCCUCACACACUUGUUGAGUUUUCAGCCUGUGAAAGUCUGGGGAGGAUCUAUGUGAUUGGAGGUUACACCCCUCGGGGUCGGAACAUGAGCGUGCUGUGUUACUGUCCUUCAGUAGACGAGUGGUCGGUGUUUGAUAUAUGCAGAGAGCAUGUGCGGAAGCAACAGAUGGUGUCUAUAGAAGAGACUUUGUUCUUGGUUGGAGGAUUUAGACGGGACCCUCAGUGUGCACAGAGCGAGGACUUGCUAAGAGUGCACUCGUACAGCACCAGAACAAGAGAAUGGAACUGUUUGAAAGUUAACACCUCAAAAUCCGGGCUCAGUGUCAGCUGUACUCUAUACAACGAUGGGAUCUACAUCCUGAGCAGGGACAUGAACCACAGCACUGUGGGGAGACACCGCAUAUUCCUCAAAUACUGUGUGUUUACUGGGGUGUGCGAGUAUGUAAGAGGCCCCCCGACUGAGGGCAGCAACAUGCAACUAUUCUCUAUGUACUUGCCUCACCCUUCAUAACAGCUAAGGGGACAAAUGUACUAUAGUGAACCCAACUCCAUGGGCAUGUAGACUGCAGACAGUCUUAGUACAAGGAAAGCAGUCCUACUGGAGACUACAAACAUUUAAACUAUGGUAUCUUCUUAAAGAGAUUGAACUCCCUUAUUUCGUAUACUCUAAGGCCUCUUUAAGACAGGCGUCCCGGAUUUGCUCCGGAUGCGUUCUUGGGUGCAUUGCGGAAAACCCGCGCGAGUGCGCACACAA